AUGGACAACAACAACAAAAAUAGUAAUAAUAAUAAUAAUAAUAGUAUUAAUAAUAAUAAUAAGGAUUUUUUAUUUUUUAAAAUUUGGAAAAAUAAAUAUAUUAAAACAAUUAUAUUUAAAUAUUUAAAAAUAAAACAACAACAACAACAAUAUUAUAAUGAUGAAAUUUUGGAAAAUAGAAUUUAUUAUAAUUAUUAUCAAUUAAAAAAUGUAGAUUUAAUGUCAAUUAAUAAUAAAGGAUUAUUAAGAGAUAAAGUUAAAAAUUCAAUGAUUUUAAAAUUUACAUUUGAUUCAAAUAAAAUUCCUUUUCAAGAGAUUUUUAAAAAUUUUAAAAAAAAUAGUGAAAAGAAUAAAGAAUUUUAUUUUAAUCUUUUUAAAAAUUAUUCAAAAUAUUUUAUUAAUGAUAUUGAUAAUAAUAAUAAUAAUAAUAGUUCAAUUAUUAAUUCAACAGCAUUUUAUAUAACAUUAUGUGACUGUGUUGUAGCAUUUGAUAUAUUAAUUAAAAAAUAUAAUUUUAAACCAAUUUUAAGAAGUGGUGGUGGUAGUAAAAAUAAAAAUAAAAAUAUAAAUUGGUCACCAUUAUAUUAUAAAUCAAUUCUUGUUGGUUCAAUUAAUAUUGCAAAUUAUUUAAAAGAUGAAAUUGGUUGUAUUUUAAGUGAAGAUGAAAAAUCAAAAAUAUAUUAUCAAUUAAUUAAUAUUGAUUAUUCAAAUAAAAAUUAUAAAAAAAAAAUAAUUUUAUAUGGGGCAAUGGAAAAUAGAAAUAAAUCAAUUCAUUUUUUAAAUUCAAUUAAAAUUUCAAUACCACCACAAAAUAAUAUUAAUAUUAAUAAUAAUGAUGAUGAUAAUGAUAAUGAUGAUUUUACAUCAUUAAUUGAUUUUUCAGUAAAGAAUAAAACAUUGGAAUUUUGUUUAAAUACAUGUUAUUCAAUAAUUUAUUUAAAAGAAUUAUUUAAAAAUUAUAAAUUCGUUGAAUUUGUAAAUAAAUCUAAAGAAGCUGAAAAUGUAAUUUUAUCAAUUGAACAACUUGAUAAAUUUAGAGAUGAACAACAAUUACAACGACAAUUGAAUUGUUUGGUUAAGGAUUUAGAUUGUUGUAAUCAAUCAUUUAGAUCAAUUGUUAGAAUGUCUAUUUUUUAUACGAGUAGUUUACAUCUUAGAAGUAAUUUAAUGUUUUGUAAUGCUAAAUUUGAUAAUAACUAUUUCCCAGAGUAUUCUCAUAAGAAAACUGUAAGACUUGCACUUGGAAUGGGUGAUUAUAAAAAAUUGAAAUCAAUUGGUGCUUUCCAAUCUUUAAAUAAUUUAUCUCAAUUUAAUAUACCAAAAUAUCCAUUAUUUGGAUUACUAUUAAAGAAUCCAAAGCAUUUAGAAUCGGUUAAAUCAAAAUUCAUUGAUUCUUUAAUAAAUGAUUAUUUUACAAAAUUAUAUAUAUAUCAAGGUAAAAUUGAAGUCAUAAUAAUGAUAUUGAUAAUUAAUGAAAAUAUUGAUUUAAUUCAAUUUUUAAUUAAUCAUCCAGUUGGUUUACUUGAAAAUAACAUUAAAAUACAAAGAAAUCAUUUUAAAUUCAUAAAAUCUCAGAAAAUGUUUAAUUUCUUACUUUCUGUUAAUUUAAUUGAAAUUGAAAAUUUAAAAUUAAUUAAACCACCACCAUCACAACAACAACAACAAGAUCAACCACAACAGCAACCAAUAUGUAAUCCAAUUAAUUGGGAGAAAAAAGUAAAUAUUUAUUAUUUAGAUGAAACUGAUAAUUAUGAUGAUAAUAAAAAUGAUAGUAUAAAUCCAUUUUUACCUAUGGCAAAUAUUCCAUUAUGGAAAUUCAUAAUAAUUGUUUCAGAAUUAACACCAAUUGAUAUGCAAUACAGUUGUUUGAAUUCUAAAGAAAAAUUAAAAUGGGUUUUAGAAAAUAGACAAGAUGUUGAUUCUAAAAGAUGUUUUUUAAUAAAAGAUGAAUUAUCAAAUAGUUUUGGUAUUUAUGAUAGUUUUGGAAUUGAAAAAUGUAAAACAAUUAAAAUUUUUAAUGAAAUCAUAGAAUACUAUCAAAAUAUUGAUUGUAAAGAAAUUGACAGUAACAACAACAAUAACAUUAUUUAUAAAUUUAAUGAAUUUUAUAAACCUACAGGGAAAAUGAUAAAUUUUAUUGAUCAUUUAUUUUUUUAUUCAGUUUUUAGUGAUAUUAUUAAACGUUGUAAUUUUGAAACAUUAGAUAGUUUUUUAAAUUUUAUAAUGGAUAAACGUAAUCAAGAUCAACAAAGUAAAACCAUGUUUUUAUCAAAAUUAUUACAAAGUAUUGGUGAAUUGAAUGCUUUAGAAGUUUUCUCUCAUUUGUUUACAAAUCAUUCGAAUUUAUUCACUCAAGAUGAUUAUUUAAAUUGUUACAUUAUCGCUUCCACUCAUGGUAGUAUUGAAUUAAAAGAUUUUAUUUUAAAAAAUUCAAAUAUUAAUUUAAAAUAUUAA